UCUCUAGUUUCCCAUUCCAUUGGACACACCACAAUCUCCCUUCCCCUCCCCACUCCCACUCCCAAAUCCAAUUCCACCGAAAACAGAAACAAAGAUAUAUCAACAAUGGCUGCCACUGCAACUGCAGUCGCCUCUUCCUUUUCCACACUGAAGAAAUGUUGCAUAAGCUCCAAGAGCUGCUCUCCCAACCCCAACGAUCAGUAUCCCCUCAGGGUUUCGUGUUCCCGACCAUCAUUACCACCACUGCACCAUGCAUCACUUUCCACCUCUCAUCUUAGCCUUGAGUUCGCCCCCACCACCCCCGUUACCACCAACCGGAGGGCUUACCGGAUAGCUGCUGCCGUCGCGCAGGAGGAGGCGGCGGCGGCGGCGGCGGAUUUGGAUGCUCCGGCGGAGGCCGAGGCGGCGGAGGACAAUGGUACUGGACCCAACACUAAGCUUUACUUUGGGAAUCUGCCGUACAACUGUGAUAGUGCACAGCUUGCUGGUAUUAUUCAAGACUACGCUAGUCCAGAGUUGGUUGAGGUUCUAUACGACAGGGAGACGGGCCGAAGCCGAGGUUUCGCCUUCGUGACAAUGAGCAGCGUGGAAGAAUGCGAUGUUGUAAUCGAGAAUCUUGAUGGAAGAGAAUACGGCGGUCGAACCUUGAGAGUGAACUUCUCAGACAAACCUAAGCCGAAAGAGCCCCUCUAUCCCGAGACCGAGCACAAACUAUUCGUCGGGAACUUGGCCUGGUCUGUCACAUCUGAAGGCUUAACACAAGCUUUUCAAGAGUAUGGGAAAGUGGUGGGAGCACGGGUUUUGUAUGAUGGGGAGACGGGGAGGUCGCGCGGAUAUGGUUUCGUGAGCUAUGAAACCAGAGCUGAAAUGGAAGCAGCGCUCGAAGCGUUAAAUGGAGUGGAAUUGGAAGGGCGGGCGGUGCGUGUAAGCCUCGCGCAAGGGAAGAAGUAGCGGGAAGAAGUAGCGGGAAGAAGAGAAAGUCUUCGAAUUUUUUAUUUUUUUUUUUGAUGUUGUAACCAAUCCUGCAUUGUUUAGAGAAUGAUUUAAUGGCCUAUUUGAUGCCUUGUUGAUGUAUUUGUUGCUGCAAUCUCAUCUAAAAGUUUAAAUUUAAAAGAAUA